UUCCCUUCUUUGGGAGCGUAGGAUCUUAACCCCUGGACCACCAGGGAAGCACUCCCCCCAUGUCCCUCUUUAUAAGCCACGUUUAUUGCCCAGCAUAGUUGCUUGUGUGUGUGUGUUUCUCACACAAGACUCUUAAUUCCCUGAACAAAGGAGAUAUUUCUUAUUCAUCCUUCUGCACACAGUAGGUGCUCAAUAAAACACGUUUCAGAGGAACAGGGGCGGUUUUUAUUGAGCGCCGACUGCGGACUCCGCACCCUUGAUGCCCACAUGUAUCCACAAGGCAACAAUACUGAAAAGCUGACAGGAGCGCUGAGUUUUACAAGCUGGCACAGAUGCCAGCGGGAUGCGAUUGGAGCUCGAAAGCUUUCAUGCUGUCUGUGCCCAUAUUUUUGCCAGAACCCCAGAACCGAGCCUGUCGCCCUGUGUCUCCCCAGAACUGCCCGAAACUCAGCCUGCCGGGACCAGCCUACCCCUGUUGCCCCCCGCCCCCCACCCCACCCCUUGCCGGCUUCUGCCAGGGGAGUGUGCAGACAGCCCCGUUCAUCCGCGAUGAGACACGAUACUGCUCGCUUUCUCCGGCAGUCACACGUCCGCAGCCAGGACCUUCCAGCUCGGUGGUUGCCUCUCCGUUUCUGACGUGCUUCUUCCCCAUGGAUCCACAACCGUAACCAUGGCGACGCGGGUGGAGGUCGGCUCCAUAAGUUCCCUGACGGGGGUGCCAGGCCUGGGCGAGCUCUCCAAGGAGGAGGCCCUGACGCGGACCUACUUCCGCCAGGCUGGCGAUGCCCCUGGGCCCCCCUCGGCACUGCUUUUGGAAGGAAAAAGCCCCCUCAGGAGCCCGGUCCGCCUGCUUCCUCUGCCAAGACUCGCCCCCAAACCCUUCUCCAAGGAGAAGGCCGCGGAUGUGACACCCUUGUGGCCCAGCCCAGCCAGGCCGUCUCCCACCGGGGGGCUCUCCCAGGACGUGGCCUCAGGGCGUCUGAACGAGAAGAUGCCGGGCCUGGCCGGGCAGGAGGCGGGGAGUGGGGACCGCCCGAGAAGCGUGUCUCUGUUUUCCAAGGCCGCCAUAUCACAGCCCACGCCAAACCCCGUGAUCUUCUUCGAAAGCACCAAAGCUGGCCCCGCUCUGGGGAAGGGGGCUUGCGAGGCCAACGCAGGCAUGUCUCAGGGACCCGCUUCCGCCCUCCGUCCUGAGGUGGCCGCUAAGCCUGCCCCGCCAGCCCGAAAGCCCGUGGGGAGCCUCCCCCGGCCAGCCUCCCUGCCUCAGGACUCCAGGCCGGUGGCUACCCCAGAGGAUACCGGCCCAAAGGAGCCUCUGUCAAAGGCCAGCAGCGUGGAGGAUGCAGCAGGCACUGCCCCGGAGCCACCCAGGCCUCGCCCAAAGAGAAGGCCUGUGUCGGCCAUCUUCACCGAGUCCAUUCAGACCCCGAAGCCAGGCCCUGGCGGGGCGGCCGCGGUGGGGAAGCUGCCCCCAACCCCUCCCGAGAAGACGUGGGUGAGGAGGCCCAGGCCUCUGUCUGUGGACCUCACGGCCCGGUUCGAGAGCAGAGAGGCCUUGGCGAGGAAGGUGGCAGAUGAGGCCACAGCAGGGCCCGCCCAGCAGCGGGGACCCGAGAGGCCGGACCCAGAACCCAGGGUGGACAGGGAGUGUCUGGUCAAAGCAGAGGCACCUCCACAUGACCCAGAUUCCGAUUUCCUGCAGGUGGCCCAGAAGAUCCAGGAACGGAAAGAGAGGCUGCUGUUCAAGCAGGGGGAGAUGGGCAGCCUCAGAACCACGGGGGGCCCGGCCAGGGUCACCCCUAUCAGUGCCCAGGGUCUCGGGGAGGAGAAAGCCAAGCUGGACAGGGAGCCAGAGAAGGCAGCCAAGGACCCCCAGUCCCCUCUGCCCAGGCCUGGAAAAGGCCAAGACACGGCUGAGGUCAGGAGCAGAGAGGCUGAUGGAGAGACCCGGGUCGGGGGAGAGCAGACCCCCCGGGGCGGCGUGAAGAAUCGCAUUGGCCUCUUUGGGGAGGAGGGCGCCUCGGCCUUGGCAGCGGGGUUUGAGUCCCCACCAGCCACCCCCGAGUCUCCAGCCGUCCCGCCGGAGCCAGAGAAAGCGGGCGUGAGCGUCCAGGAGCGGAUCAAAGGCUGGGCCACCGAGAGCUCGGAAGCAAAGCUGGAGCUCAGGAGGAGGGCGGUCCAGACACGGCCACUGUCAGCGGACCUGACCAAACUGUUUUCCAGUGCAGCUUCAAGCAAUGAAGUCAGAUAUGAAAAGUGUUUGGAGCUGAGCGGUGAGCUUCCCAGAGAACCAAGAGAAAAGCCAAAGGACAGGCAUGGUGUGGAGGGAACAUCUGUCACAAGAAGCCCCUGGAAGCCUGGCCCCCCCAGGGAGAAACCCAGACAGACAGAGCGUAAAGACAGUUCUGACCGCGUCCCUGGCGGCGCUCGGGGUGAAAGCGUGGUGGGGGCCCGGAGCCCUUCCGAGGGCACCCCAGAUGAUGAUGGAAGCUUCCAGACCGUAUGGGCCACGGUGUUCGAGAAUCACGUGGAGAAGCACACCGUGGCCGCCCCCUUGGGACGCAGUCCCUGGGCCACGACCCCCGGGGACCUGGCCGACGUCUCGGAGCCCAGAUCCAGGCUCCUUGGACCCAGAAGCUCUUUCCCGCAAACCACAGCCCUGAAGCGAGAGUGGCUGGAAGAUCCCGACCUGGAGCGAGGCGGAGGGACCGCCUUCUCCAGCGGUGAGCCCAGACAGCAUCGCGCGUUCUCCCUGCUGGGAAGGCACCCUGGGGGCGAAAAGGGCAGCCAUCACCCCUUCCUCAAGCUCCCGGAGAGCGCCCCCGCGCCCGAGAGGGUUGAGCCCAGGUACGACGUCGUGCACGCUGUCGGGGAGCGUGCGCACAGCGAGGCCGUCCCCACGGCGCCCGAGGAGAAGGCCCUGACUCUCCGCAGCGGCCGGUCUCGGCCCCCGCCAUCCCAGGAGGUCACUCAUGCCGUAACUCCCACCGACCCCAAGUGCAGGCCGGAGGGCCAGGUGGGGUCCGUCCAAAGGGCCAGUUUGAUCUGGGAAGCCCGAGGGACCCGUGAGGUCAGCGGGCCAAAGCCCGAGUUCCACCGAGAGCCUAAGGACACGCAUGGAGGCAGUUGCCCGUCACCCAGAUGGACAGGCUCGGUGGCCGUGAGCUGGCACAAAGCCGCCGUGGGGCUCAGCGAAGGGAGAAGCUCAGAGCCGAGUCCCGAGGCUGCCUCUGCAAGGACUACCCUGGAGGCCCAGCACCCGGGGACCGAAGGGGCCGGAAUCCAGCCGGGGGAGAGGGCUCCACCCCGGGGGGCACCUCCAGAGCCUCGUCCCAGGGCCAAGGAUGAAGCCGAUGACUCUCGGGUGCAGCUUCAGGCGGACAUGCCGGGGCAGACGGGGCCCCUGGCCAUGGCUGGCAGCCAAGAGCCCGAAGCCAGGAGGCGGAGGGCGAGCCCUGGCGACCAGAGGCUGGACAGAUGGAGGCGGCGGACCCUACCCCAUGACGUGAAGUUCGAUGAGUUCAGCCUCCUGCCCCCAGAGCACUCGUUCAGGGCGGAGCCGAGAAGGGACCACCUGAGCCCCACGGCCCCGGGUGCCUUAGGAAAGCCCCAGCUACUACUCCCGGGUCGGGAGGGGACCCGGCAGGGGAGCCCAGGUACGUCACUGGACCGGGUUCUUCCCAUAUCAAAGCAGGGGUCGCCUGGGGAACCCAAGGCGACUUUUUUUGCUGUGACCUAUCAGAUCCCAGACACUCAGAAAGCCAAGAGCGUGGUUAGGCCGGGGCCUGAAAACUGGACAGAAGCUUCUAGAAAAGCAGCCCCACCCCUAUCCUCUCUUUCUUACACCCCUACCUCGGUUCCUCUGAACCAUGAAGAGCUGCUGGAGACCAUGGGCGGUAAAAACCGGGCCCCGGGCAGAGAACGCGAGCACACAAGCUUUCCAAAGCCGACAGAGCAUCCGGCGUCUCUCGGGGACAGGAUUCUGGGUCCCCCCGGUGAGAGGAUCUCCGACGCUGAUGCCGUGUGGGUUCGUCGGGGCCCGGAAGGCGGCGGUGGUUUUCAGAACGGCUGGAAGGACAGCGGGAACAAGACGUCCCCUGGCGGUGCUCCCCAAACACCCCCGGCUUUCAGAAGUCCCCCGAAAGCCAGCGAGCUCCUGGUCCGAAGGACGACGGAAGCGGUCAGUGAGAUGUUCCCAGGUAAAGCCAAGGCCGGCUACAGGUCCAGCGUCCUCGAUAUCGAUGCGCUGAUGGCCGAGUAUCAGAGGCCGCCAGCCGGAAGCCCGCGGGAGGCUCAGGAGUGGAUGCCGGGAUCGCCUGCAGAGCUCAGGGGCUCGGACCCCGAGAGGCCCGGGCUGCAGGGUGAGGCGGAUCAGAGACGGAGGAGCCUAAAGGAGCGCCCCGAAGCCGAGGCUCCCCAGAGACAGGCCAGUUUUGCUGAAACCAGCCCUGUUUCCACUCCUGGCUCCGGCAAGUACCUGGCAGAGACGCCGGGGGCAGCCACGCACAAGGUCAGCUCUCCCCUCUGGGGCCCGCCCCACUGGGCUCCUCCUGAAAAGAAUACAGGGGCCUCCUCGGGUCCUGCCGCCGGCCCCCGGAAAAAAGGCCCGGGGAUCCCUGAGGAUGAGAAGAAGACCUUUGUUAGUAAACAUCAUAGCGCGAAGUGCCAGCAUCCCCCGGCUGAAUCAAAGCCUGCCACUGCCUGGGCGGAUCCAGGCAGCGGGGCCAGCGUGCAGCCCAGGUUGUCCCCCACCGACCAGAGGAAAGGGACCCCGAGGAAACCCCCGGGGAGGGGCGAGGAGAGCAGUGUGGCCCCGUGGGCCGACCACCUGCGCGACUUGGGAAGGUCACCGCUGGAUGUCAAGAGGGCCUAUUCGGAGAAAGGCCCACCUCUCAAAAUCCGAGAGGGCCUGUCCAUCAUGCAGGAAGCCAGAGAGAGGAGGCAGGAGCAGCCCAAAGGGAGGCCCAGUCUCCCCAGGGAGAGUGCGGAGGCUAGAGACACCAAGACGGGGCUCUGUCGGCAGGAGUCGGGGAAUCGAGACAGUCAAAAGGUGUCACCAAGGGACCUGGGGAGGGAGCGUGCCCUCCCUGAUAAUGAGCCUCCGCUCCGGCAGGUGAGCCCCGCAACCGCGGGCCCCCAGAGGAGCCACAGCUUCUGCAAGGACAGGAGGAGCGGGCCCUUCAUGGAUCAGCUGAAGCAGUGUUUCUCCAGGCGGACCCCCGAGGCCAAGGACACCGACACCCUCGUGCAGGAAGCCGACAGUCAGUAUGGGACGUGGCCGGACCAGCGCCAGAGCGGGGAGAGCUUGGCGCCCGAGCCCCCGUCCCCAGACAGCAGUGCCACCUCGGCGUGGAAGCAGCCCCCCAGCAGCCGCCUCUCCUCGCUGUCCUCCCAGACGGAGGUCACCUCGGCCGGGGACCAGCACGACUGUUCCAGGGAGCAGCGGAGCACCAGCGUGGACCAGUCCAGCACGGACCUGGAAUCCACUGACGGGAUGGAGGGGCUGCCCCUGCCGGACGCCUGCCCCGCAAAGAAAGUGGACGACUUCCCCUUUAUCGAUCAAACCUCAGUGCUCGACUCAAGUGCCCUCAAGACCCGGGUGCAGCUCAGCAAGAGGAGCCGCCGCCGGGCUCCCACCGCCCACUCGCUCCGGCGCAGCCGCACCAGCGAGCCGGACGGCAGGUCCGCCUGGGAGGAGGAGGCCGACAGCGCGUGGAUGUUCCGGGACUCCACAGAGGAGAAAUCCCCGAGGAAGGAAGAAUCAGACGAGGAGGAGAGGACCCCCAGGGCUGAGAGGACGCCCGUCAGCAGACCUCAGAGGAUGCCUGUGUUUCCCGGCGUGGACCCGGCUGCACUGAAGGCUCAGCUGCACAAGAGGCCAGACAGUCCCAACGAGACCCCUGGCUGGGCCCCUCAGCCCAAGACCCCCAAGUCUCCCUUCCAGCCUGGGGUGCUGGGCAGUCGCGUGCUGCCCUCCAGCAUGGAGAAGGAUGAGAGAUCGGAGGAGCCCUCUCCCCAGUGGCUGAAGGAGCUGAAAUCCAAGAAGAGACAAAGCCUGUAUGAGAAUCAAGCUUGAGCAGGGGACACCGCCACGUCUAACGAACAAGCCUUAACUGUCCGAACCCGAAGACGAGGUCCCGCUGCUGCCGUCGCUGCCUGCACAUGCCUGGUCCCUCUGGCUGGCCGGUCGGUUGUCUGUCGGUCGGGUAGAGAAGGCAUCUAAGUGCCCGCCCCCCGCAAGCUCCCCCGAUGGAUCAGGGAGGAAGGCUCACCCUUCACAAGCCUGUGCACCAUCUCCGCAGACAGCGCCUCAGGCUGGGGAAGAGACCGAACGGUCCAGAAAUGUCCAUGCUGGUGUUUUUGGUUUUGGGGGAUUUUUUUUUUUAACGUAAACAUGUGCAUUUCUACACAUUUUUAGACCCCUGCGAAGCUCCAGGAACAUGGAUAUAAAGGCUGGACCGUCUCCCCUGGGUUCUGAAUCAUGAAAACGCCUCUUGCCCCCCUCACCCCAGGACUGAUCUUUUUCAAAAGGACAUUUCCAAGGAAGAUGAAACCAUUCAUUUCCUGCUGUAACCAGUGGUCCAGGGCAGUGCCACCGGGUUGAGGGGGGCAGGGUGGUCUCGAUUGCUCCUUUGGCGAAUUCCUUCUCCCUCUCAAAGCAGUCAGCAGUCCCACCUUUAAGCACCCCCGCCGUGGUUCCUUCAAGUGUGUUUGUCCCCGCAGUGGGGCUGUGUGCAGGGCUGGCCUGUGGCCUCGUUCCUCACGCUCUGUGUGCUUCGGAAGGCGAUAAAGCAAUAAUCUCACCAACUUGCUCUGCAAUUCAGUACGUAUGUGUGUUUCACGCUGCGGAGCAGGAGGAGAGGCGUGCGAGUAUCGGAUCAUCUCAGGUGCUCUUCUCCCCGCCCCCGUCACUGUCACCCUUGUGCACAUUUCCCGGUUCCUUCCUGGAGAGCUCUGAGCUCCUGUGGGUGACCUUCGAUCCCAAGGCUUCCCAAACCGGCGGCCCCAACGGCAGUGCCUUUCCCUCCCGAGCGUCAGACCUGCCCCUGGAGUCUUUUUCUGCAAAGGCCUUUUCUGACCACGACCUGAGCUGCUGGCGUGGGAGGAGCUGCUCCCCGUUGGCCUCUGGGCGCCGGCGAACGCGGGGUCCUUGUUGUCUGCCCUCACCUCUCCUUUGUACCCACCCUCCCCGCCAGCCCCCCAGUUCUCGCUGACCAGGUGCUUUUUCUAGGUCCCAGUGCAGGAAGGGAGAGUCUUGCCGAAAGCCCGUCUCUGGAGGGGAGUCCCUCCACUCCCCCCAGCCCCCAGUCCAGGGACUCCGGACGGACCUGCUGGAUGCUGGGCGACCAAGUAUAGCCUUGCUGGCCUCUUCUUGCUUGCCAACUCUAAGCUCGUUCCCAGGGAUCUCCAAGACCUCUGGGGUCUCCAGCCACUGUCUACUCUGUCCUCUUUGUGUGUGUGUGUGGAGAUUCUCCACACCAGCUUCCUGCACCUCUCAGGCCCAAGGCUCCAGCAUACAGCCCAGAGGUGGCCGGCCCACCCGCCACGGCUGGAGUCGCCAUAAGCUUUGUGCCGACCUUGCCCGGGAGCCGCCCACCUGAGAGAAGGAUGCCUGGGCAGUUCAUAGUGCAGCCCGUGAUUGCUGAGGGCCGCUGGGCUCAGCUUGCUGAGUCUCUCUUGGAGAAAUCCAUUCUUCGCAGAUGGUCUCAAAACACGCCUCCCUCCCCCCGGCCACCCCCUCCCUCCUUCAGUCUCUGCCGUCUCCCCAGCUCUCCUUGCUCUCUUAUCUCCCUUCACCGCCUCUUCCCUCUCUUGGAGGAUGGAGAUCAAUCCUGUUGCUCUGGGUUAAGACCAACACUUGGGCCAGAGAGGGGUUAUGGCUCAGCACAGUGGACGGUGACCGAGGUGGGGUGGGGGGCCUUCCCCCCCCGAGUCCUGUUGGUCAGGCUCCGGCCACUGCACGGGCAGCGGUUGCAGCCUGCCGCCCGGCAGCCUUGUGCAUCUGUGUCCGGAGGCUUGCUCCUGCUUGACCGUCGUCUGUAUUCUCUUCGUCCCUCCAGUUUGCAGUCAGUCCAUUCUCUCUGGCCAUUUGGGGAUUUAAUCCUUUCAGGAUCCGCGUCAGUUGAUUUUUGUAUCUUAUUUUUUUAAAGACCCAGUUCACCUUUUAUUUCAGUUUGGAUGUUGUGACUUUCCAGGUCAACAGGUCCCCUUUAAAAGCCACUCCUGUGUGCUUUGACCCUGACCCCUUUUCUUGGCAACAGUCUUUCCGUCUUUCUCAAGGUGGGGAGGCACCUUGGUUCCAUCUUAGGCAGCAGGAAGUGACCUGCUGUGUUUGGUCAGCACCCACCAGGCAAAAACGCUGAGUUCUCAGUCAGUCGUGUUUCAGCCCAAGUUUACCCUAGAGGAAAGAAAAAAACCCUUGAAAACGAGACUGACCUGGUUAGACUACCUAACCUCCCACUCCCAGACUGGAAAUAAAACUCCAUUUAAUUCCUUGGUGACGAGGAUGGGCAAAGUCCACCCCUUGAAGCUGACUGCAGCAGCCGCAUCCCUCCCCCACAGAGUGGACAGUCUCGGUGGGUCAGGAGUCACCAGCUCAACGCAGGACCCCGGGACCUCCGGCUCCGGCCUCAAUCCCUACGAUGACGUCUCCAGCAACCAAUUCUCUGCUGGGAGCCUCUGCGGACAGCCAGCUGGGCCAGUGGGUUCUUUUCCUCCUCCUCUUUCUAAGCGGGGUGAGCCCUUGGCCACGCAGGGCGUUGUAUGUAUGCUGGUUUCUUGAGUUCUCCUGGAGCCGCCUUUGGAAACCCAUCUCCUUUUCAACGGACUGAAUAAUGCCUUAACCAUUCGUCUGCAGUCAAGUCACCCGCCCUCAUCGAGCCCUCCUCACCUGGGCCUUUGGUGUUCUUUCAAUGACAGUUUUAUACCGAAUGCAUCCAAAAUAAGGUGGCUAGAUAGGUGAUUUUUUAAAGUAUAAUCUCGCUCUCUCUCCCGGCUUCCCUCUCCCCACCCGCUUUGCACAUCAGCAUUUUGACAGCUGCUCUUUUGAGAAGUCCAUAUCACGUUCCCCUCUAGUCCAUGCCCCUCUUCACGCUCUCUUGCCUAAGGUAACAGAUGCCUUUGACCUGUAAAAUUCCACGGCGAGGCCUCAAGAGUCAGUGUGGUGGAAAACCCCUCAGUGCCACCUGAGAAACUCCGGAAGAGUUGUGCCCCACCUCCCCAGUGUUUAGGAUGUUGCGGGCUUUGAGCGACGCAGCCCCGACAACCUCCAGUUGCCUGGGAUUCGGGGAAAGGACAGUCAGAUGGGGAGGUAUUGCAGGGGACCAGCCAGGCCGCAUGCAUUCAGCGCUUCUUCCGUGCUUCCCAGGAAGAAGUGAGGCCAGCUCUGGGUAUUGGAAUAGACGUGGGCCCGAGGCCCUAGGCCCUCAGCCUCAGAGGCUGUGCAGGUGAUUUGGAAAACCCCGGGGCAUGGUUUCCCCGAAGGAGAGCUCAGCUGCCCUCGCCCGGUGCUGCUAACUGCCUUGUCCAUUUAUGUUUCGCUUCGUGAUGCCCACAGACUGCCCAGGAGCCAGGCAUGAUUACAGUGUUAAAGCCCCACAGACGUGUGGUCGGAUCUUCUCCAAAGUGAAACGCUGGCGUCCAGGUGACUCCUGCGUGGAAGACGGCAUCCCACCCAAGGAGAGGGCUCUCCAGGCAUCCUCCCUCCUCCUCCUCCCCCACGCCUGUGGUCCUUCCCACACCCCGCUGCCCCUUAGGACAGGAAGCCGGACGACGGCGGCCUCUGUGCGAACCAGCAUUGCAGGGUGAGGUCUGUGGGGAAGGGGGAGGAAGGCUCUUUCUGCUGGGAAUUGCCCCUCCCUCCUGUUUCAGCUGUGGCGUUGCUACAGUCAGACUGUGCCUUUCCUCUUUUGACCUGUGUUGAAACAGGAAAGUGAGAGAAAAAGAAAUCAUCAUGAUGCCAUGAUGGAGGGACCCACUCCACAUCUGGAUGGGGGUCCACCCCGGGCUCGCCCCCUUAGGGAGUGGUGGAUCUGAGUCCCGUGCUGAGAGCCGCCAGGUGCCACAGUGUUGGGAUUCUGGGCAAGGCGAGGGUCCCGAAACGCAGAACCACGUAGAAAGCCAGUAGGCACACACGUGCUGCGUCUCGGCCAGUCUCUGUCUCCUUUGCCCCCCGCCCCCAUCACCCCUCUAGAGAUCUCUUUCUUUGUCUGGGUUGGCUUCUGCAGGGAGGGGAGGGCCAGAAAGGUUCUUGGAAAGUCAGCCUUAGAUUUCUGGCAAGGUCACGCCUCAGCCCCUCCCCAUCGUCCUCUCCGAAUCCCCUUGUCACCCUCACGCCUGGCACCACACCGUCUCAUGAAUCAGCCUGGCACUUUCUUAACCAUCUCUGGUGGCGUCGUGCCUGCUUAAGAAAAAUAUAUGUAUAGUGCCAGUUGUGUGAAAGAAUGAUCUCGUUCCACACCGCCUUAUAGAUCCUGUAAAUACGGGGCUCGUAAAAGUCAUCUAUUGUGUUCGGGAAGAUAUUUUGUACUGCGUUGUUUCUUAAGUCAUAUCAGUAUGCUCCAAGCCCAUACUUCUCCUGUGACUACGAUCCCUAGAAUGCUCUGUAAGAUGGGGGGCAGUGGAGAUAUAUAUAUACCUACACCAUUGUAUUUUCCUGACCUUUCUCCUGGGUCCCUUCCUCCAAUAUCUGAGUCAUGAUCAAAAAGGAACCCGAGUCCUGCAUGCGGGGAAGUUGGAGUGUCCUGCCAGCUGGUGUCCUCGUGGUUGCCUUACAAAUUCAUGGGCUUCAGGAGGUUUGGACAGAAGGCGGUCGACCGGCACUUUAUUCAAUCCCAGAAAGGACCUCUCUAAUCAUGUGACUGAGAAUUCAUCCAGAAAAAAAAAUAAAAAAAACUAUAUUUUUAACGUCAAAACCAACGGGGCUUCCCGGACCUCUCAGAGUAUCGGAUGUCUACAAGUGCUUUUCUAUUUUGUAACUGUAAAGAGAUUUCAUACGCACAGCAGAGCAGUUGGGAGUCUGGUCGACUGCCCUAAAACACAAUGACCUUUUGCAUGUACAAAGAUGUCACAUUCAGACUCUGGAAACAGCAAAUAAAGCUUUGACGCGAGCUGCCCUGGA